AUGUUUUGUAGCGAUGCUGUGAAGCAAGGCGUUCAGGAUAAGGACUCCAGAUCAAUUUCCCGGGACUAUAUCCAUGGCCCUUCUGGCAUGAAUAUUCCGUUUAAUGAAAAAGAAUGUAACGAUCAAAUGAAUAGCAUCUCAGACAACUGUGACGGCAACGACCCUAGCAGUCCUAGGAACUACAAAGGGGAUGAGACUCCCACAAUUGGCGAAAAGAACUCCCUUCCCAACGAACUGCUUGGAGCCUGCGGCUUUCGGGAUAAAUUUGCCAUCAAAUCAUUCUGGAUUUGGGGACCCGGCCGGGAAACUUCGGAGCAUGGGAAGAGAGAUGGGGACUUGUACCAGGAACUUAAAAAGUGUAAUAAGGGAGAUGAAUUGGAAGACAGGAACUUUUCAUAUGGCCAUGGGUCCGAUAAAAGAGAGUGGACUGCGGUUGGGAAACUAUGGUACGGAAGAAGUGAUUGUAUUCAGACAGCUAUUGAAAAUGCUGGUGGGCUGAAGGGCGUGAAGUGUUCCAGAGACCUGUGA